AUGGCCCACCUGAAGACCUAUAAGUACCAAAGUGUAGACAAGUCCUGGAUAUCGAACCAUAUCCUGCGCCACUAUUGGAAUGCCGCCGUCGAGUUCCUCCCAAUGUGGCUUGCGCCCAAUAUGGUGACUCUGCUGGGUUUCUGUUGCAUCUUGAUCAAUAUCCUCUUGCUGUCCGUCUUUGUUCCGGAUCUUGUGGGCCCGGCGCCACCGUGGCUCUGCUACAGUUUUGCAUUCGGUCUAUGGAUGUACUCGACCAUGGACAACAUCGACGGCAAACAAGCCCGCCGAACCGGCACUUCCAGCGGUCUCGGAGAACUGUUUGACCACGGCAUUGACUCGCUCAACUGUACCCUGGGCAGCCUUCUCGAGACGGCCGCCAUGGGCUUGGGACCCACCAGAAUCGGUGCCUUCACAGCACUCGUCCCAUGUCUGCCGAUGUUCUUCUCCACCUGGGAGACAUACCACACGCACACCCUCUUCCUAGGAGCCUUCAACGGUCCCACCGAGGGUCUUAUCCUCGCGUGCUCCUUUAUGGUGGUCUCAGGCUUCUUCGGCCCUCAAAUUUGGCAGCACCGCAUCGCCGACUAUGUCGGCUACCCACACCUACUUGGCGACCUGGUUUUGAUCGACCUUUGGGUCCCCGUCGUACUUUUCGCCUUCUUUACAGCCCACCUGCCUUCGUGCAUAUACAACGUCUAUCUAGCACGCAGACGACAAGGCCUUCCGCUAUGGCCCGUCUUUCUCGAGUGGAUCCCUAUGCUCAUCUAUACCGCCUCAGUUUGUGCAUGGUGCGGGUCUCCCUACUCGAUUCUCCUCCGAGAAAACCAUCUCAUCAUAUUCUGCAUUACGCUGUCCUUUGUGUUCGGUCGACUCACCACAAAAGUUAUCCUCCAUCAUCUGACACGACGGUCCUUCCCGUAUUUCACAGUCGCAUUGGUCCCCCUGGCCAUUGGCGCGAUACUGGCCUGGCUACCGCUUUUCGGACUGGACCCGAUCCCAGCCCAGUACGAACGAUGGUACCUCUACGGCUGCUGUGUGUUUGCCAUGGUGCAGUAUUUCGUGUGGGCGGUCCGGGUGAUCAACCGCAUCUGCGAGGUUCUGGACAUCAACUGUUUGACGAUCAAGAAAAAGAACGUUGAGCCGAGGGAGCAAAUGGGGUUUAUGACCAAGGAACUCAAGGCCGAGGCGUAUGAGAAUGGGGAGCUAAAACCGACGAAGAAGGAGUAG